GCGAUGCAUUGAGUGCGGGGCGACAAGACGCGUUGCAUACCGACAGAGAUCGAGGAGAGUAAGCUAAUUACGGGACGAAUUGUCUACUACAGAACGCACAUAUUGUAUCCAUUAGUUUGCAAUGUUCUGUCGAAUAUUUGGCAGAAAACAGUUGAGUAUUUACCUUCGUGUUCAGGUGCGCAUUUGAGCACAUCUUCUCUCCAAACCAUUGAAAACAACAUUAAUUCAGUGUCUGGAAUAUUUGCGAUUAUUUUGCACCAAGAUUUUGUGUCAUUUGGUAUUCCCUCUACGUCUACGAAAACAUCAACAACCUCUUCUUUGGUUAAGGGGUGGGGGGGUUAUCAACGAGAAAAGUCAAGGGAAUAGACUCAUGUUUUUGUUCAGUCACAUGUAAAAGCAGUCGGUUAUUGCUGUUGGACAUAAAUAAAACACACCAGGUAGAUCUUUUCACAUUUUUCCUGCAAAGGCUCCAUAGAAGGGGACUACAACGGUAUUCUACUACGAAAACAACAUCGAAAAAUCUAUCGAAACAUCAAAACAUGAGCUGCCCAGUCUUACGAAACGUGUUCGCUGGUUUGCUCCUUGCACUGCUGUCGAGUGGACCAAGUGUGCAUGGUGCCGAAUUCGGCCACCUGCCCGACAACAUUACAGUGCUGGAAGGAGAGAGCAUCAUUCUGAGGUGUAAAAUCGACGAGGAGGUGACCCACAAGGCGUGGUUGAACCGCUCAAACAUCCUGUUUGCGGGGACAGACAAGUGGUCGCUGGACAGACGGGUGUCGCUGGUCAACAGUAACACUAGUGACUUCUCCAUCCAGAUAGAGAGAGUGGAGGUGGCUGACGAGGGGCUGUACACCUGCAGCUUCCAGGCCAGCAACAAGCCCCGCAUAGCCCACGUCUUCCUCAUCGUCCAAGUGCCAGCCAGAAUCGUCAACAUCUCCCAAGACGUGUCAGUGAACGAGGGGGGCAACGUAUACCUCUUCUGUCUGGCGGUGGGACGACCUGAACCCACUGUCACCUGGAAGGAGAACAAAUAUGGUCUAAUGAGUGAAGGGGAGUUCCUGGACAUAACAGAGAUCAAGCGGCAUCAGGCGGAAGAGUUUGAGUGCAUCACUAACAACGGAGUGACGCAGCCCGACAUACGCAAGGUCAAGGUCACCGUCAACUACCCUCCCAUGAUCACAGACGUGAAAAACAUGCCAGCCCAGCUGGGCAAGACGGCCAUUUUGCGCUGUGAGGCCAUGGCAGUACCCACAGCCUCCUUUGAGUGGUACAGAGACGACCGCAGGCCGGUAGAGAGCGAUAACACUCUGAGGAUCAAGAACGAGAAGACGCGUUCACUGCUUCUCUUUACCAACGUGACGGACAAACACUUUGGCAACUACACUUGUUUUGCCUCCAACAGGCUGGGAGCCUCCAACGCCAGCAUGCUGCUCUUCCGGCCGGGAGCCGUGUACGGACGAGGCGUGGCCGUCAACGUGGGGGUGAGUGCGGGUGUUGGCUUUUGGCUUUGCCUCUCUGUCUCUCUCCUGAUGAAGGUCUAAGAGCUUUUCCCGGAAGUCCCAUCCCGUCUGUGGAAGGAAGAAGGAAUUUAUUUAAUUACGAACCCAUCACUGUGAAACAAAAAUAAUAUGCAUUAUUCAAAGUAGCCAUUGACGCAUCGCAUCUCACACCCACACCAACUCCCCCCUCGCUACCUAUAUUGCCACCAUCACCAUACCACUCUCUCUCUUCAUCCUGUUUCCAAUGAGGGUCACCAUGGUGAUGUCUAUAAUGUGUUUAUUAAGAAUGAUAAUUGUGAUGAUGACGAUGAAAACAGAUAUUUAACACCAGGAUAAUACUAUUACAAAUCUAAAUCAUGACUGAUCUACAAUAAUGUUCAUGGACGUUUGGAAACUAGGAGUGACAACGCUACUAUUUAUGGUUGGAACUACUCUAUAAUGAAAAUGAUUCGUUAUUCUAAUGAGGGUCACGUGACCUUGUUGAAAGCUGUCCAUUGGCCCGUCGGUCCUGUGACAUUUGACCCUAUGAUCAUACAAGUACCAUUUCAUUCCGUUUUUAACCAUGUGGCAGUGUAUAUGACGCGGCUGCUGCGAAUGAUGUCAAAACACACAUGAAGGGUGGACGGUGGGGGUUCUAUAAAGCCUUUGCCCUUCUAGUGCAUCCCUUUGGGAUCUCAACCAAGAAGAAGCAUGUGAGAAGACCCACUUCAUCCCCCCUCCAUCCACCCCCACCCCUCUUUAAAAAAAACUCGUCCUCUGCCCACCCCCCCCCCCAUCGUUAAGGUGGUUUGUGCUCCGUCCCGUGUGUAAAUAUAAUGCAGUACAGAGGCCAUGCCGUUACUAGAGGCAGUCUAUCCACAUCCAACACUCCUUGGUUGGUGGCUAAUGUAGUGGCUAAUAAAAUCUAAAAUAUCCAGCAAAACUACAUUACCCAUCAGCCUCUAUUACAGUUUUCAUAACCAGGAAGGGACUGUAGAAAUAACAAUCGUGUCUCCUGCUUUGAAGGCGUUGACCAAUCAUCCUCCUUCCUUGUCGCUUGUUGAUAGCAUGUACCGGUUAGAGAUGUUCCUGUCGUGAAACCUCCCUCCCGCUCCCCCGCCUCCCCUGCACUGUGUCCGUUUUACUCUGCAAGGUUAAACUGCUAUAACUUUUUGGGUGUUGAUAAUAAUACUGAUGAUGUUAAUAAGUAUUUAAAUUAAUAUGAAAAGUAAUUCCAUGUGAGAAAAAAAAGAACACAUACUACUCCAGCGCUGACGAGCCGUGUGUGCUAAAAAUAUUUUGUACUCAAUCCCUCGGAGAAAUCACACUCAUUGAACUGAACGACGACGACAAAAGACGAAGUUGUAAGGUUUUCAAGUUGUGCUCUUUUUUGCCAUGACAAGGAUUUUAAAAACACAUCAAAGUUGAUCCCGAGGGAGACUUUUCAUCAGAAAGAGUCCGCAGUCAAUGAAAUGUAAUAUUGUUUGUAUACGUGUAUGUAUUUACAUUUUGUUUUCAUGCUGUUAACUGUAUAAAGCAUACUACACAUAUUCAACCAGCUUUCAUAGCGUGUCACUCUCCAGACAGACCAGCUCAAUAGAUCAAUUAUUUAAAACGAUGUAUGUAAAGCAGCGUCCCUGUAAGUCAGUCAGCCCCCGUAUGGCAGGACAGGCGCACCAGGAGAUAAAGAUGUAAUUAGCCACUACCUGUGGCUGGAUAAGUGACGGGGCCUACACUCCCCGCCUCCCCCAUGUCCUUCCCGCCAGCCAUGGACAAGCCCCAUAAAUCACGUUCAAUCCUGGCCCCUGACAGGAUCCUCCUCAAGGACACCCUCGUCCCUGUAAAGCAGACGUGGAGCGUCCUCACAAACCACCACACCUGGGCCCUGAUUGAACCCCCCCCAGGGCUCAAUUAUCCAGCCACUUUCCCUGCACAGAUCAACCACCGAGACGUGCACUGUGAGGCUCGAUGACACCCCAACCAACCGCUGUUUCUCUGUCACGUCCUGCUGUGUCUAUGUCUAUAUGCAAACUCCCCCAAUAGUGAACCAACCUGCAUGGAGAGAUGGGCUCACACUACCCACAAUUCCUGUGACCUUACAGGAAUAUGCAGCAUCUGUAUUCAGUAUUCUGCGAAUAGCUGUCAUCUUUUUUUGUUUGAUUUAAUUUUAACCAGCAACAUACCUGCUAACUCAGAUAUAGGAGAGGCAUCCAAUCCGGUUAAGCUGUGCUAUGAUAUUUAAGGGUGCCCCUAACAAUCUAUUCAAGAAUGGAACUGUUUUAGUAAUACUAUUGUAUGAAGUGUGCUAAUGUGUGAAGAGAUGUGAAGCCCUAGCAAGAGUGAAUGUCCCCUUUAGCAGGAGGCUAGUCAAUGAAAAUCUGUUUGUCUCACUGAAUAUAGUGUGAGAUGUGUUCUGUUGAUGCCCGUUGCUCUAUGCAAUGUAGUCAGUCAUUGGUAUGUCUGAAGGGCAACACACAGACCCACUUGUGUUCAUCUUGUUUUGCUCAGACUCACAGGACAUUGAUGGGUAUCGAUUUUCAAGCACAAGAGCAGGUUGUUUUGGUCAGUGAUUCUGUUUUUCCUUCUUUGUCGUUUUCGAUCCCCCUCUCUCACUCACGCUGUCUUUCUGUCUGUCUUCUCUCUUUCACAUCCUCUGUCCCAUGUCAGCACCCAGCUCAAUUUUAUCAGUGGAAUAAACUUCUGCAUGUACAUACUCUGUCCUUGAAGAAAAAAUGAAAAGAAAAUAAGGAAAAACAUACUGUCAUGUUUCUCAAUGUGGGUUUGAAAAAAAAGCAUGUAAAUGUUCGUUUUGGGGGGAUUUUGAAAAACAAAAAGCUGUAUCUUGUGUAAAGGCUGGGGGAAAGGCUGGGGGAUAUGCUUUUAAAUUCAUGCAAUGGAGGGCGAUAUGUAUGGUGGGCAUUUGUAAUAACCCCAAAUGAGUUUGAGGGUCUCCAUGAGUUCUUCAUCAAUGGGAAAGUUAAUCAGAGGACUGGAAAUGGGAAAAGGAAGGAUGCAGAGAAUACACUUCCUCGAUGGGUGUGAGAGGACCUCCACACACAGUGGGAAGAAGCCCAGACUGGUACAGACAAAGCUCUGAGGCAGAGGGAGAUGGGAUGACUCUGACCAGACAGUAAACUCUCCAUGGGGGAGAACGAGAAAAGACAAGGCAGACACUUGAUAGGAUAGCAGCUCAGAUAUAAAUCCUAAAAUGGCCACUGCGUCGUUCCUCCUGAAGGAAGACAUACCACAGCGUUGUCUAUGAUUACACCAUGUAAUAUUAAUAGCAUUAGCACUGCAAUGAUCACAAACACUGUCUGUGUACAGGCAGCAUUUCAUGAAUCUAUCUGCUAGCCUAUCAAUGAGCGUUUACACUUUAUUGAUAUGGUGUGGUGUCAUAUAGCUUGGCCUGUAAUUACAGCACAAAGACCUGCUGUAUGAUUCUAAUGGACGUAAGUGGUGUCAUUACAUGUAGUUCAUCACUCCCAACAAAUGGGGGCGAUGCUAAUUCUACGGGCGCCACUCGAGCAUUGCUAAGCAGCACUUUUUGGCUUAUGUUGAUGUACAUAAUAUAAACUAACUUGCUUCCUUUAUAUAUGAGAUUAUUUAAAUGUUUUGAAGACAAUUAGAACCAUAUUUGGGUGGUGUAUUUUUUAUUUGUGAAUGACAAGUCUAGUUGUAUAUGAAAAUGCAGCGGGAGACGAGCAGUAGAAGGUAGAUAACUAUACACCCAGUCUCCGUUUGAAUGUACUCGUUUUUUAAGUUGUGUAUCUGUGUUAGAUCCUGAAUCACUAUAAGCACUAUAUUCCAGUCUCGCCACAUUAAACAGUUCCUUUACAGACUUUCAGUUCCAAAUGCAAUGGUUAAUCGAUACAUUGGACUGGAUCGCUUGAAAUUGAGCAAUUUCUCCCCAGGCUCACUACCAGGGCCCAAAGACGGAAUUGUCAAGUGUCUAUAUUAAGGCCUUAGAAUAGAGAGCAUAAUUUAUCAUGCCUUGAUACAAGACACCCCUAAUUGCGCAUUGAUUUUCUCCCCAUCUCCGAAACAUUUUGGCCGAGCUAUAUUGUCAACUAAGGUAACUAUUUGUUUAGAGAACAUACAAUGAAGAAUGAGUCAUUAGUUUUAUUUUCAUGUCAGUUGAAAGAGUAGCUCGUCAAGGCGCAUUUUGUUCAUUUUGUUCUUUCUGAUAAUAAGAUGUCUAACAAUUGUCUGUAUAAUGGCACCUUAUAGUACAUUAUAUUUUAUUAUUGUACUCAAUUAAAUGAUUGAUACCAAAUGUUAAUUUUGGAAAUGUCAGUACCUAUCGAUACUGUGUAUCUAGAGGCUUAUGUCUGACAAACACAGCCGACUCUUUAAUAGGAGUAGAGUCUAGAACGAUAGGAUGUACAAUAGAACGAGAUGAGAUAAAGAGGAAUAGAACCGUAGCCAUGAUAGUAUUUGGUCAAUAUUCAACUAACAUGAUAAAUUAUCAGAAUUAUGUCAGAUUUUCAGUACCGGUACUGUGUAUCAGUUAUACAUAAGAAGAUGUGUCUUAUUGAGGGACAGACUCAUUGAUAUAUAAAUUAUUUCCGUAGUACCAGCCAGGUCUCUCCAGCUUUUGUCCUUCACACCAUAGCCCACUCGCUAGAUAACAAUGUGUUAUCCUAAUGAGCUAUUGUUCACCAGCUAAUCUAAAGGCCUGUUCCAUUCUUAUGAGCAGAGUCAACAUUGCGAGUGUGUUUAAGCUCCAGUAGAUUUCCAUUAGCUGUACUAAUGAGUGCAUCGAUACACACAACAUGCUGGGCUGAGGUUAGCUACAUGAGGAAAAUAGGUCAUUAUUGUAUGAACAUGCUGACUACAAGUGAUAGGAGGAAGUGAUAUUUGCCUUGACUCACUGGAGGAUCAACUUGGAAGUUGAAUGAGGUGGCUAGCUAGGUAUAGUAAGUUGGUAGUAGUUGAAUUGAUAGAUACACAAGGACAGAAUGUAUAGAAAAAAAGAUGGAUACAUUUAUGUAGAGAGGUGGAUAUUUUGUUAGUUUAUCGUUUCUAUUCUGAAUUCUAAUUAGGAUAUAUUGUUAUCCAUGUAAAACAUUGACAGUAUUUGUUUGUGUGGAUAGUGGGUUAAAGUAAUACUUGCGAGCCACAGAGGCAAGAGCAGCAGUCACUCACUCCCACCUCCAUCCACACAAACAGGCAGGGACUACAGAUGGUUGCUUGUCAAUCACCCUCUCCUUUCUAAGAAUGUAGCUAGUGGCUAAUUAACAGUGUAACAGUGUUGGUCCAUCCACAGCUGGAACAACAAGAGAGUCUGCACACUACUAGGCAACAAUGGAGGCGCCCACCAGCCAGCCUCCUUAGUCAUUAGAAGCCGGCCUAACAUCUCCAACACUGAGAGCCCCUUUACUUGGCCUUUGUGAGUCACCAGCACAAACCUGCCAUUUGGCCUGUCAAUCAACUGGGUAAAUAUUGGUUGCCAUGGCGAAACUGACAAUGGAACUAUAUUUUUUUCUUGUCGAAUGACAUCAUCAAGUGAUGUUCUGGCUUGUGUUCAUAGGAUAAAAUGGGAGAGAACCUGUGCGGUGUGAUUAAGUCGCAAACUGUCCUAUUAAUGUGAAAUGUAUAGAUUUGAAUUUAUGACACAAUAUAAGAUUGGGUUGUCAUGACACUGUUGUCUCACCAGAACAAUUUUGAAACUUCUGUAAAACUAUGACAAUCAGGUAAUAACAAUUAACAAAGACAAGUGUAAUUUUUAUCAGUGCGAGAACUAAUAACAAAUAUUAGGUUGUCUCAGCAAUCCAGUGGAUGAGUCUACCCAAGAAUGCUUGGUUAGUGUUUGCGGACAUCUUAUGGAGAUGUCAUGCCCAUCUCUCUCUCUCGUUGCCCCUCUGGCCCACUUCCUCCUCCCUCCUCCAUCUCCUUUCCCUCUCUGUGGAGAAAACCUGCCACCUGUACCCCCCCCCCCCCCAUGCCAAUCCCGCUGCCUGCUGCCUUGCCACCUCUCUGAAUGCCAGGUUCCCACCCUGGUAAAUCUGUGUUAUUGAUUUGUGAGUGUGUGUGUCCAUGUGUGUGUGUGUGGAUUAUCUGACCUUCACAUGGCAGGCAUGUUGGUUUCAAUCUACCCCUAGACCUCAACAUUAUUAUUUCUGUCGGUGUUGACUUUGCAAGGUUGCAUCGAUAUAACAUACUGAACAAAACAAAGAAACACAAGCAGCAUCGUCUUCCAUCUUGACAUAUUUCUGUGCAGUGAAGCGAUGAUGAUUAUGAUGACUCUUUUGAUUCAUUUAAACUCUGUUCUGUCUCUGUUUCUAAGUGUCAUUUCUAAGUGUGUGGACAAUUUUUCCCCCAAAUCUAUAGAAGUGAAGUUAAAAAAAUAAAAUAUAUCAGAGGGAGAAAAAUCAAUAAAAAUAAUGUUGUUUUUAACAGAA